UAUAUAGGUAGAGAGAGUAUCAAGAAUUGUGUGUCUGCUAGCUCAUACUGGACACACUAGACUUCCCAUACAACGUUGUUAAGAUAUAUAAUCUAGUUAUAUUUAAUUUUGAAUUAAGGAAGGAAUAAAUAAUCGUCUGUACCAGAGGCCAGGCGGAGGGAAUUGAAGCUCUGUCCUACGUUUUGGUUCGGCCAUUAGUCCAGCCCUUGUCCUUUAUGCAGAAGGAAGCUAAAUCUACAGCCAACAGCAGAAGCAAGAACCACAAUUCCGAAAAUGCUGUAGGCACUGAAUCUGGGCCGCACAGAAAAAUGUGUUUGGGUCAACUCUGUGUCCAGCGGUCUUUCUGAACUGGGCCUGGAGGCAGUGCUGCAGUCAAAGGUAUUGCCUCCAGCUCUGAUGCUACCCAAGGUUGAGAACAUUGAAGAGGUCAAAUGGAUGACAGAUUUGGGAAUGUGGGCUUCCCCACUGGCAGCCCAAAGCUAGCUGUGAACUGGUCUCUUGGAAAAAAAAAUGGAAUGCUUUGGUCUUCAAAGAAUAAACUUCAUUUUAAAGCCUUCUUAGGCCACGCUGUUCUUCCGAAGUGGAAAAGUAAACUACAGGAUACCAUAGUAAACGAAGUAGCAGAAUUACUGUAUGAUUCGUGUAUCUUUUUUUUUAAAUUUGUAGAUAAAUGUGCACACUUUUUAAAAGGAAGGACCCUGACAGGACCCUUGAGGUUAAUCACAUUUGUGGAAACUGCAGUGGGAUUGCUCAAUUUUAAGACUGUUUGUGAAGAAAUUCGACAGCUUGGACCGAAAACUGGCCUUCAUCAUGAUGGGGUUGUGUUUGGAUCUAAUGAUUUCUCUGCCAUCAUAGGUGCAUCAAGACCCAAAGAAGCUCAUGAGCUGCUUUAAGCUAGACAAAUUGUUGUCACAGCCAAAGCCAUAGACCUUGUUUACAUCGACUACCAGGAUGAGGAAGGUCUUUGCAGGCAGUCGAGGGAGGCAGCCCUCAUGGGUUUUACAGGUAAACGGGUUAUUCAUCCCAACCAAAUCAAGAUUGUGCAAGAAGAAUAUUUCCCAAGCCCAGAGAAGGUGAAAGGGGCUCAAGAUCUGAUCUCUGCUUUUGAUGAACAUCAGAAAUUAGGAAAGAUGCUGCAGUGGUGAUGCACAAUCUGCCUCCGCCUUGCUGCCAGGAAUUUGUACAUUAGGUAUGGCCUGGAGGAAGAAUUGUAGUGAUCGCAGUAUUGUCACUUCAUUACCUUAAAGGGUGCUUUUAGUUUUCAAGGAAGUAUGAUCAACAUGCCUUCACUAAAGCAGGCACAAAACAUUGUUACCCUCGCCGCAGCAAUCCAGGACAAAUGAUCUGGCAGAAGAUCAUCCAAAAUAUACUGUAAACACCAACAUCAUUGCAUAGACUCAUUUGCUUUACAUUGAGUAACAUGCUUUGAACUCGGAGUCACUGCUGGAGAACUUACCUUAGGAAGUGAAACAGUAAAAGACUUCCUGGAAGUAAGGUAAGAGAA